AUGAAGAAGCUUUGGUUUUUUACGUUUUUCAGCUUUGCUUCUGGGCAGGAGAGAAAUUUCCAAAAGGACUUGAUACAAGCACUUAUAGAAGAGCAUGAGGGUCCGUAUGAGAUUCAGAGAUUGAGGAGAGCAACGACUAUUCAACAGAUAAAUGCUGCUGCUGUUGCUCUUACACGGAGCAUUCAACUUACUUACGACACAAUUGAGUUUGUGUCAGAAGUUCAAAAUCGCUCUGAAAACUACUGGACUUACGUUACAACCGAUCUGGCAAAGAUUCAGAACUGGGAUGAGCUGAUUGCUAUGGAAUUUAUCGAUCAAACAUCUUCGCUUAUGAGAUUCUUUGUUGAUUUCAUCGACGAGUUUGUCUUCGAAAUCGACGAUAUCAUCGAUGAUCUUUGCAACUUUUAUAAUGACUUUUACUGGUUUGAAGAUUUUACUGGCUUUGACAUUUGCGGCAAUAACUUUGAGUCCGCCAAGAACUUCAUCGACAUCUUGGACAACAUCGUCGAGUUCAUCGAGCUUCACUACCAGCUGAUUGAAAUGUUCUUUGACCUGUACGUCAACAGAUCAAACAUCUGA